UUUCCUCUUUCUUUUCUUCUUCGUAUAAAAAUGUGAUUUUGGUGAAGCCCCGUCUGCCACGUAUCUGAAGCAGUUGCCUUAAAACAGUUUCAUUCUACGAGCUCAAACCAAAAGCUUGGAAACCACAUGAGAAGAAAAUGGCGUUGAGAGGAGCUGCCGUUGCAUGCAUUAGUGCAAGAAAAUUUAAUCAUCCAUCAUCUAUUCUUUCAAUUCCUCGCUAUCUCAGCCUCAGGUUUCAUCAUUCCUCUUCACCUCCUCUCCAGGGAAGAUUUACAUCAUAUCCCACUUUGAAAACUGGAUUCAGGGAUUCAAUUCGUGCAAUACAUGAGGCAACCGUGGAUCCUAUAACCACCAAGAAACAAGAUGAGAAGGAAGAAUCGCAGCAGAACUGGAAAAUUAAAAUGCUAUACGAUGGAGAUUGCCCUCUUUGCAUGCGCGAGGUCAAUAUGCUUAGGGAGAGGAAUAAAAGCUAUGGCACUAUAAAGUUUGUUGAUAUAAGUGCAGAGGAUUACUCAGCAGAGGACAAUCAAGGCCUAGAUUACAAAACGGUUAUGGGAAGAAUUCAUGCAGUCCUUUCUGAUGGAACUGUGGUCACAGAUGUUGAAGCAUUUAGAAGAUUAUAUGAAGAAGUUGGUCUUGGAUGGGUGUAUGCCAUUACUAAAUAUGAACCUGUUGCAUCAAUAGCUGAUGCUGUAUAUGGUGUUUGGGCUAAAUAUCGUCUUCAAAUUACUGGCCGACCACCUCUAGAAGAAGUAUUGGAAGCAAGAAAAAAGAAGGGUGAAAUAUGCAAUGAUGACAGUGCUUGUAAGAUGUGAACUCCCUUCAAAGAACCAGAUAUUAGGAUUUUUUAACAGAAUCUCUAUAGUUUGAUCAACUUUUAAUUACAUCAUGUUCUGAACUUGGUCUUGAGCUCAUAUCCAGAAGCUGCCACAACUAAAGAAAAAGGUGUCUUCCUUUCUGAUAGUGGUGGAUAUUCUCGAUAAUAUAUCCUACUAGUAGUGAUGUAAUACGAUAUGUUACACAAAUGCUACUGUAAAUCUCAGACUUGUAUAUCGUUCUUAUACCAAAAGUGGCUCCAUGAUUUGACUCA